AAUAUAAAAAUACAAGCAGCCAAAUCGGAAAUUUUGAAUUUAAAAAACAAAUACGAUAAUUUGCUGAAAUCCAAUGAGUUUCCUGUAACAGAAAAAACUGCACGCAAACUAAUAGACCUUGUGAAUAUGGCAGUUCCAGAAGUAGCUGAGGCUGUUGAAGCAGCUUCUGGAGCAAAUAUCGUGGACGAAGAAAAUAGUGAAAAAAGGCCACAACUCAACCAAGUUCACCUUGGAAGCGGUGUAAAAUGCAACAAAGUCGCUUAUGAAGACGCACAAAAUGUAUCAGCCCCGGCAAAGUUCGUGUCGAUCAUGAGUGUCGGUAUUUGGGGCUACGAACACUUAUCAAAAAGAUGUGUAAAACAAACGAAGCAUGUGAAAGAUGAUCGAUUAGAAAUGAGCCCUGUAAAAGUGGGAAUUUUAAAAAGCUAUUUUAUAAAAUGGCUAGAAAAGAAUGGUUACCGAGAUAAUUCUAGGCAGCACGAAUUGCAACAAUUGAAUGUUUAUUUAGGUCGUGCCAUUACAGCUGCGCAGAAACAUAUAAAUCUCCCAUUAAACCAAAGAAAACGUAAAAUAUCCUUUACCGAAGGAAAUGAGAAAAACUUCUCUAAAGUAACUAUUCUUACAGAUUAAUUUCUCAAUUCGUUUUUUGAAGUAGUAGAAGAUCGAGAUAGAAAUUACUUAACUAUUAUUCUAUCAAAGGAGUACACGGA